AAAUCUAGCACUUUCUCUUUCUCAGGGAGGUUCAGCCUCUAACCUGAACAUGAACCUGUAUGCCACCAAGAAGACAGCAGCUGAGGGCAUGUUGGACAUCGCCCUGUUCCUGGCUAACAUCACGCACAUGAAGACCGUCAUCGAACAGGGAGCUGGAUACAGGUACUAUGCCGCUGUUCUGACGCUCAUUUCCUUCUCGCUGGCUCUUCAGAUAGUGGCCGGAGUCCUGAUCAUCAUCAUCGGACGCCGGGACUUGAAUAACUCUGCUCUACAGAAGCGUCUGGACUACCUGAACAACGUAACGACCAUCAUAGUCUUCAUCACCACAGUCCUCAACUUCUUCAUCAGUACCUUUGGCAUGCAGCGCACUGGACACUUCCCAUGGCUUAUGAUGCGUUUUCACUGAUCCACACACACACACACACACAUACAGAACAGUGCUUGACCUUUUAAGAUGUAACAAACAACGUUUUUAACAAAUGAUGAUGUCCGUGUCAUACAUGUUUAUUUAAACAAAACAUGAAUUGAUAACCCAAGUCAGUCACAGGCAUAUACUGCAAUACCACCAUUUGACCAGAAGGUGGCACAACUGUUUAACCAAUAUUCUGUUUUUGUUGUCUAACGACAAGGACUUGACAGUGGCAUCAUGAAAAACUCAUUUUAAUUUAAAGCCACUUUCAAAGAUGCUUUCGACAAAUAGCUUAAAUGUGGGGAUGCAACAAAAGUUGUCAUCACUGAACAGCCACUUUUUUUUCUCAUCUCAUGCUUAUGUGCCUCUCAUCUUGUUCAUUAGUGUUAUCCUUGAGUUUUAACAUAAAAUUGUAAGGCAUAAUUUUGGACACGGUACUCACAUAUAUUAUUUUAUGUUUUGAUCAUUUGAAAACUUGUAACUCAAGAGUCCACAAUGCAAAAUACUAAUGCUAAAAUGUCUACCUAUCAUGGUUGGCCAACACAUAUCUGAUUUGAGCUUAAAAACAAAAUGUUUGCUAUGUAUAAUGCAACUGAUAUGUUUUAUUACCCUUAUUAAAACUGUAUUUCUGAAAAA